AGGCUCGGUGUGUGUCUUGAAUGGGGUGGGCCUUUGCCCAGCAUCCGAUUCACCUGUGGGAGCUCCCCUUUGGCCUUUCCCAGCCACUCUGCUUCCCCAGGGCCGUUCCCAAGCGUCCCGUGGUGGCCUGCGGACACUGGAUUUGCCGUGGCCAAGAUGGGUUCUCUGGCUUUUCGCUUCCCAGUGCUUCAAGGAGGGCAGCUGGAUGGUGGCCCUUGCUGGGGGCAUGAUCAGCAGCGUGGCCGUGGCCGUAGCCAUGACUCCCUUUGAUGUGGUGAGCACGCGGCUCUACAACCAACCGGUGGAUGAAGCAGGCAUGGGCUGGUGGGGGCCUGUGCCGUCUGCAUCCUGGGCAGCCUCAUGAGGAUUUACCUCUACAUCCAGUGCUUGAAUGACCCCGACAGGCAGAAGGAGAAGGAUGUUCUCCGGCAGCAGAGGCCCUUCCUGGACCAGCUCCAUCUCGUAGUGCUGACGGCCAUCUUCACCAUGGUGGGGCACCGGGUGGCAGCCCUGAUCGUCCUGGAGUUCUCCCUCCGGGCAGUGUCUACCAUCCUCUCCCUCAACAAGGGGGCCCUCAGCAGCCAACUCUACCUCCUCUGCCAAUACUCGCUGGGCUGCGGCGUUUCCUGCAGCCUUGGCUACCUACAAGAAGGAGCGCCCCAUCGCACCUGGAACCUCCUCCUGAGCGUGGGACUGGCCACGCUCCUGACCCACUACGUCUGGCGCCUGGCCUGGCACGUCUCCACAAUGUACGAGCUGCACUGCAAGGAACGCUACUGCGGAGGGUGCCUCUUCCUCCUUGCCACGUGGCAUGGCAUCCCCCGGCUGCUCUGCAACUCCCUCCGGGUAACCUUUGGAGUGGCUGACUUGGCAGCUGUGGCUCUGAUCAACCGGGACUUCCUCUCGACCACUGAGGCCAUCCGAUUCUGGACACCGCUGACUAUUUGCUACACUCUUCUGGUCAUCUACAUGCAGGAAGAGCAGCACCACAACCCUAACCAGCAGAUGGCUUUCCAGACUGUCUUUGUCAGGAUGGGCGGCCUUCUGGUCUUGCUGAUGACGGUGGGCCAGUGGAGGGACAUCGUGAACAUCCUCAUCUCACUGGUGGGGGAGAUCUGGUGCCUGACCCGGAGCGGAUCCAUGCUGGAGGUGUGCAGAAAGCAGGAUGAGAGCCUCUUGCUCUUCGCAUCGGCAUCCGGUCCACCUCACGGUCAGCGCCGAGAGCGCCCCUCAAGAUCUCCGGCAGCAGCAGCACCGCCAGAGGCCACAUCCUGAAAAAGAGAAGCCUCUCACGAAGGGCCCAGCCUAGAGACCGUAGACCAGGCAGACCACACGCUCAGCUCCUUCUGGACUCUCCAGCUUUGGUGUCAAAUGGGUUUGUGGUUUCCCUCUCGGCACAGUGGCACCGCUGCCCCCUUCAGCAAUUCUGUCAGAAUGUUUACAGUGUCACUACUGUUUUGAGACAACCCAGAAGCAAAAUACAGGACAUGGGGAUUUGUCUUACAAACAGUGGCUUAUAUACAAGACUUCUAUAUACAAACAUACACGUGGUAGGAACAUACCAGGCAAGCAAGCAAUCUUCUUCAACUCUACACGGAGAACUACAAUGCAGCUAGAACACAGCGAGGAGAGUGAUACACGAGGAGAGAGAGAGAGAGACGCCCUCUCAUAGCCUCCCUUAUAUAGACAUCUUAAAGCGACCUUCGGACAUUCCGUUGCGAACUGAAGACACAUCUCUUUAUCCGCGCGGGGCUGGCUUAAAUUAGAUUUAAUGUGAAAUUUUAUCAAUUUUUAAACGGGGUUUUUAGUAUGGAAAUUUUUAAUUUUAGGCUAAUUUAAAUAAGUUUUUUAAAUGGUAUUUUAAUCUGUAUAUUGUAUUGUUUUAUCUUGCCUGUACACCGCCCUGAGUCCUUCGGGAGAAGGGCGGUAUAAAAAUCAA